AUGGCUAGCGACCGAGCAAGUCCAGACGCGGACAUGCAGACCCUUGUCAGGGACAUGUCAGUAGAGGAGGCCGAUGAGACUAUCGUCAACACUCUUGAACGAAUCGAGCGAAACGCUGGUGUGAAGGGCGGUAAGCCCGUAGUCUUGCGGUCAACAACAUCGCUUGACCCGGUCAUUCGACACUUUGGGCUCGCGCCGGAACAGGUCACUCAAAUACUGGAUAUCAUAUUAUCUGCCAAGCUCGACGACACAACAUCAAGGAAAAUGAUCAAGCUGCUGCUGCCUCGUCAGUCAGUCCCAGAAAUGUGCGCUGUCAAUAUCUUGGGAGCUCUCGGCAAGAAUCUCAGCUUUGCAAUUCAGGCCACAUUGCUGAAAUGGAUCAUCCUCGUCUAUGAUAUCUUUGACAGCCGGACGAAAUUGCAACAACUUUACGGAGUCGUAUUCCACUACCUCCCCUACGAGACGCUGAGGCCAUCUCUUUGCCAUUUGCUCUAUUACUUGACGAGACGAGAAGAUGUGAGGCCAUUCAGGAUAAGAAAGCUGUUGGACCUGCAGAUCACAGUUGGAAAGGAACCAGCGCUUGCAGGACUCUUGCAUGUGUACAAGUCGUACUUUCCUGAUUUGAUCCUGGCGCCAUUGACUCUUGCGACACAAACCAUUUUCAAAUGCCCAGAUCAGACGACAGCAGAGGCCAUCGACGCUUUGCAGACAAGGUGGAGUCAUCGUUCAGCAGACCAGUUGUUUGGGCUCAACGGAUCAAAAGACCCUAUUUCAAGGAGUGGGAAGCGACAGAAACUUUCUCAUGUACCAGACGCAUUCUCGAUUUACAGGAAAGGCGCCGAUGACAAAGCUCUGCCUUUAUCGCAAAUUACAUCCUUGGAUGCGCUUGUGAAACACAUUGACACGCUCGCCCUCCCAGACCAGCUGAGCUCGGUUCUCACAAACCGAUUACUGCAACAUGUUUUGUGUCUUCAGCCAUCACACUCGAUCGUGGACCGGAUAAGCUACUGGCUCGGGCAGGAACUCAUGGACCUCUGGUACUGGAGCGCUACGUCUGAUGUCAGUCGUGCUCGACUCGCAAAUAUCUUGUCCAAAGUUGUCCAAGUCACCAGAAUGAUCAAGGAUCUACUUCCGGUCAUUGAGAACUUUCUUGUCCCAUUUAUCAGGGUAUGGAACGGCGUUGACCAUCAGAAGGAGGUCUUUACUCUCUUGACCUUCUUGAGACCUCGGAGCUUUGAAGAUCUGUAUAUACAAUUCCUGAAGCCUCUGCAGAGGCUCUUCUAUCUCAUGGGACCAGUAUGGAAGGUAGCAAACGUCAACCCCGCCUCUCAGCGCGGUCAACUCAUCCUGUGUUAUACCAGACUCGCUCAAAACUGGGCACAGUUCAAGUGGAAGGACUACCUGGAACUUGGCAAGGACCCUCGGCUUUCAAAGCAAGGGUCAGAGAAUUUACGACGUCUUUUCUCGGAGCUGUCACCUAACGUGGACUACAUGCUGAGUAUUCGCGCCUUUAUCAAACAUGUCGACAGCAUCUCGGGAGUGGCUCUUGAAGUCGAACGAGACCAUAUCGCUGUCCAACAUGGCGUCCUCUCGUUCUUUGACUUUACAUCAAACCUCACGAAGACAAAUGCGCCGAUUUCAGUCAUUAUCCCUAGAGCCUCCAUUGUCUAUCGAUGCUUUCUCUCGGACUCUGCGGUGGCGGUUGUCAGGAUAUGCGGGAUUGUCUACCAGUUCAAACAGGCAUACCAGGCUUUUGAGGAAGAACAGCAACUGCAGUACGAGCUCCUUGUUCAGUCUCAAAUAGCAGCGAGUCAAGACAAUGGCGAGAUAUCCACGAAAUUAUCACAAGACGAAGUGGUUCCAGGGUACACGCGUGAGCUUGUGGCGCAGUUCAACAGUUACGUGAUGGACAUAUGCAACUUUCUCUAUAGGAACCGUGCUUUCAACAAGGCUGACAAAAACGCCAGGAGUUUUCAGCUGGACCAGUAA